AUGUUGUCAAUAAACAACAAAGAAACAGGGCAACAGGAAACUCAAGUGACCAUAACCAGGCUACUGGAUGAAGUAAGUCAUAUGAUUCCAGAUGUAACAUUCACCCAUAUCGAUAAUACCACAAGUGCUAAUUAUAGCAAAGCCAUAUUAAUUGAUCCCCACAAAAAAUACUGUGUUGGAGAUCAUAUGAUAUUCCAGGUUGAAGCUUAUGAUUAUAUGAGGAAAAUAAAAAAGUAUGGAGGUGAUUUUAUAAGGGCAAGGAUUUAUUCACCUGAACUCAAAGCAAGUGCAUCAGGCGAUGUUACGGAUUGGGGCAAUGGAACAUACAAUAUCAAUUUUACUCUUUUUUGGGAAGGUAAAGUAAAGAUCUCAAUUCUCCUGCACCACUCAAGUGAGGUUGUUUCUACCUUAUGGAGAGCAAGAAACAUGGAUUAUUUGAUAAAAAGAUUCAAAGGGAAGUUUAUCAGUAAUGGGGAAGAGUUUAUCAUGGAAUGUGGAUUACAGCUAGAGUCAAAAGAGAAAAAGUGUGAUUAUCUUGACCACAAAGAUGGGGAUUUUUUUUUCUGCAUAAAACCUCCAAAUAUAUCAUGUGAUGCUCUCACUGCCAUAAAAGGAUUCCCCAGCAACAAUUCACAUCUAACCCCUAUGGAGAAAGAAAUCAUAGCUAAGUCAAAGGUUGCUGAUGAGAUUUCUAAAACUGUUGAUCUUGUCAUUGUACAUCAGUGUCAAGGAAGAAGUGCACGUUCAGAACCAAAAUGCAAACCUGGGAUGCCCACUCCAUUUCCCAGUGGCUAUUUCUUGAAAGAUAUUUGGAACCCUGUUUUCUGUAAACUGCCUCCAUUAAGCCUCAUAUCGCACGCUGAAACACAUUUGACCAGAAAAAUGGUUUAUCUCUUAGGAGAUUCUACUCUUCAUCAGUGGAUGCUUCGUUUCACAGAACUUAUUCCUGCACUACAAUUUUUUGACAUCCAUACAAGUCGUUGGGACAGUCCUUCCUUGGCACUAGACAUCAGCAAAAAUAUCUAUAUCCAUUGGAUGAAGCAUGGACACCCUUUUUUGUAUAAUAAUUUUUACACUGUAAAAAGCUACUCUUAUAUUGCCCAUGAAAUUGAUAACCUGUCUGGUGAUCCAGAUAAAAUUGUUGUCUUCACCCUUGGACACCAUUUCAGACCCUUCCCUCUCUCCCUGUUUAUCAGAAGAAUGCUCAGUAUAAGAAAAGCUGUGGAGCGUCUCUUCCUGCGCAGCCCAGGUACGCAAGUGUUCUUUAAAACAGAAAACAUUCGGGAGAAAGAAUGUGAUUCAGAAACAUUUAGUGACUUCAAUGGCUACAUACAGUAUAAUAUAUCCAAGACUAUAUUCAAGGGUUUAAACAUUGGUAUGAUUGAUUCAUGGGACAUGACUAAUGCUUAUGGUUCAUAUGAUCUACACCCAUGUGCUGAAAUUGUGAAUAAUCAAAUAAACCUAUUACUAGCCUACAUUUGUAAUAAAUAA